AUGAUCCCACGCCCGAGUACGCUACGAUCUACGCCCAGCUGGCCACCAAGGUCGUCGACAAGGUCGUGGCUGCCGGCACUCCCUACCUCCCCGAGGACGUUUACCUUAACGUCAACUUCCCCAAGGUGGAUGAUUGCGCCAGCGUCGACGACUACAAGCGAUGAUGUCGAAACCUGCAGUAACGAUAAGCGACUGCCGACUGAGACCAAGGUCACGGGUUCGGGUUGCUACGUGAGUAUCUCCGUGGGCAAUGCGUCGAACAAGAGGGAUGCGAAUGCUGCGGUGCAGGGAGAGGUGCUGAACAAGUUGGGUGAUUUCCUGACCUGUUUGUCCUAA